UCUCUCUCUCUCUCUCUCUCUCUCUAAUACUCCAACAAUGGCUUCUUCCAAGCUCUUCUACACACUCCUCUCAUGGCUUCUUCCUCUCUUCUUCUCACUCUCCUUCCCCACAUUCACCUUCUCCUCUGAACCUCUCAACCCAGAAGUGGAGGCUUUGAUAGCAAUAAGAAGGGAUCUGAGAGACCCACAUGGUGUCUUGAGCAACUGGGAUGAGGACUCUGUUGAUCCCUGUAGCUGGGCCAUGAUCACCUGCUCCUCACUCAACCUUGUUAUUGCCUUUGGAGCACCAAGCCAGAGCCUAUCAGGAACUCUAUCAGGGAGAAUCUCCAACCUCACCAAUCUCCAACAAGUGUUGUUGCAAAAUAAUAACAUAACAGGGGAGCUUCCCCAGGAACUGGGGUUGCUUCAGAAGCUCCAAACUCUCGACCUCUCCAACAACGGCUUCUCGGGCCCGCUCCCAGAAUCCCUGGGUCGCCUCUCGAACCUUCGAUAUUUGAGACUCAACAACAACAGCUUGUCGGGAGCAUUCCCUGCGACAUUGUCGAAGAUCCCUCAGCUCACAUUCUUGGACUUGUCCUACAACAACCUGAGUGGUCCUGUUCCCUUGUUUCCUGCAAGAACCUUUAACAUUGUGGGUAAUCCCCUAAUAUGUGGGACCCACUCAACACAAGAGUGCUCAAGAACCCCUUCACCAAUUUCUCUCCCUUUUCUUUUGGAAUCAUCUAAGAAGAGAUCGAAGGGUCGAAAACUAGCCGUUGCGAUGGGCACAAGCCUCGGUGUCUCUACGCUUCUUCUACUAACUGUUUCCUUCUUACUAUGGCGGCGCACGAAAAAGCAGAAGCACAAAUUCGUGCUUGGUAUAAAUGAGACGGAGUACGACGACGACGGAGAGGUGGUGGCAGCGCCGGGGAAUCUGCGGCAGUUCACGCUAAGAGAGUUAUUACACGCAACUGACGGUUUCAACCGUCGGAAUGUUAUCGGGAAGGGCGGGUUCGGGAACGUGUACAAGGGGCGGUUGUCGGACGGGACGGCGGUGGCGGUGAAGCGGCUGAAGGACGUCGGCGGCUCUUCGGGCGGGGAGGCGCAGUUCCGGACCGAAUUGGAGAUGAUCAGCCUCGCCGUACACCGUAACCUCCUCCGCCUCAUCGGCUUCUGCGCCGCCCCCGGCGAGCGCCUGCUCGUCUAUCCGUUCAUGCCUAACGGCAGCGUCGCCUCCCGUCUUCGCGGUAAGCCGCCAUUGGACUGGAACACGCGGAAGCAAAUUGCGGUGGGGGCGGCGCGGGGGCUGGUGUACCUGCACGAGCAGUGCGACCCGAAGAUCAUCCACCGUGACGUCAAGGCCGCCAACGUGCUGCUCGACGAGCGGUGCGAGGCCGCGGUGGGCGACUUCGGGCUCGCGAAGCUGCUGGACCACGGCGAGUCCCACGUGACCACCGCCGUGCGCGGGACCGUCGGCCACAUCGCCCCGGAGUACCUCUCCACGGGGCAGUCGUCCGACAAGACCGACGUCUUCGGGUUCGGCGUCCUGCUGCUGGAGCUCGUCACCGGCCGCCGCGCGAUCCCACCGCCGGCCGAGCACGCCAACAAGGGCGGCUGUGGCGGCGGCGGUGGCGGCAUCAUGCUCGACUGGGUGAGAAAGGCCCACCAGGAGAAGAGAGUGGAGCUACUAGUGGAUCCGGACCUCGGCCCGACCUACGACCGGAUCGAAGUCGCCGAGAUGGUCCAAGUGGCCCUCUUGUGCACCCAAUACCUCCCGGCCCACCGGCCCAAGAUGUCGGAGGUGGUCCGAAUGCUCGAAGGCGACGGCCUCGCCGACAAGUGGGAGGCUUCAAAUCGGCCGCCGCCGCCACCGCCGCCGCCCCCUCCGACCGACGAUCCUCUGAGUGCGUACGAAAAUACCUACAUGAUUCACUACGACGACGAUGGUUACUGGAACGACGGCGAUUCCCGGUCGAUCGAUGAGGUAGAAGAGAUGGAAUUAUCUGGCCCGAGAUAGAAAAAUCGACACGACACGACACGGCACGGCACGACACGGUCCACUAACACCGUAGUUGAGUAAAUUAACACUUAGCAAGUGAGAGAAUUCCUCAAAUUGGUUUUUAAUUAUGUUAUUAAUUAUUAUUAUAUGUCAUUAUUUUUCUCUACUUUUCUAGAGAAAUGUAAAGAGGGAUGUAGUUUUUCUUUUAUAUUUAUAUAUAUAUUCCAGCUA